AUGCAACAAGUACAAACACAGCAUUCUGGACACGAAAAUGGAACCACCCCGAAGACUCCGAAUGAACUCGAGAUGAGCAGACCAUCGAGUCCGACAGAGGCCGCGGAAUUCGUUCCUAGUUGGAGCUUUCCGGCUAAGAACAAGUAUCGUGUUUCGGCGAUUUGUCUCGUCUAUCUUGCCAAUGGACUGACUGAUGCUUCCGCCGGAGCCUUGAUCCCGUACAUGGGAAAGCAAUAUGGCAUCGGAUAUGCUAUCGUGUCGCUGAUCUUCAUUACGAAUGCUAUCGGCUUCAUCACUGCGGCUUUCUUUACUGAUCUUACCCUGGAGAAGUUAGGUAGAGCAAAAGCUUGUAUGCUCUCGGAGGUCUUGCUUAUAGUUGGAUAUGUGAUCCUGGUGUGUACGCCUCCGUUCCCGGUAGUUGUUGUCGCUUUUUUGUUUCUCGGAUUAGGCGUGGCACUCAACCUGGCUUUGAACAACGUGUUCUGUGCCAACCUCGCAAACUCGACAGUCAUUCUCGGAGCAGUGCAUGGCUCUUACGGUCUGGGAGGUGUCAUAGGUCCCAUCAUGGCUACAGUUCUGGUAUCUCGGGGCAUCCUCUGGAGUCGUUUCUACCUUAUCGUUCUCGGUCUUCACGCCAUCUGCUUCUUCGCCACUGGCUGGGCUUUCUGGAAGUAUGAGGACGAGCCCUCUAGCUUGAAGACUGGCAAUCUCAUACCACGCCGUGCGGGCGAGAUCCAGCCAACCAAGCUACAGAUGAUGAAGCGUGCUCUCAACAGUAGAGUCACCAUCUUUGCCGCGCUCUUCAUCUUCGCAUACCAAGGCUCUGAAGUCAGCACUUCCGGCUGGGUCAUUUCUUUCCUCAUUCAAGCUCGUGGAGGUGAUCCUGCGAAGGUCGGUUAUGUCACUGCUGGGUUCUGGGGCGGCAUUACCCUAGGACGUUUCGUGCUGUCUCAUCUGGCUCCCCGUAUCGGCGAGAAGAGAUUUGUCUACAUCCUCACGGCUCUGUCGAUUGUCUUUCAGCUCUUGGUCUGGCUCAUUCCUAACAUUAUCGGCGAGGCCGUUGCUGUGUCGCUCUUGGGCUUGUUGCUCGGACCGGUGUACUCUUGUGCGACGACCAUCUUCACGAGAUUGAUGGGUAGGGACGUACAGAUGACGGCGUUGAGCUUCGUCUCGAGUGCCGGCAGCAGUGGUGGUGCAGUUGCACCCUUCUUGACAGGUCUAUUGGCACAGGCGGUGGGAACGUUCGUCUUGCAUCCAAUCUGCAUUGGCUUGUUCGUGGUAAUGGCAGGAUGUUGGUACGGCUUGCCAAACGUGGUCAAGAGAACCGAGUAA